GCUCGCCUUAGCCAUAUCCCACCUGAUGACGCGCGGUGAUGAAAAACAGGAAACGGGAUCUUGGGAAAGGCGGAAAUUGCAGCAGAAGCGGCCGCCGGAGCAGAGGCUGCAUCAGGAAGGGGAGCCGCCUGGGUAGUCAGGAAGUGGGCUGGGAGGGAACAAAAUGUGGAAAGCAACUGCAGGCCACACCAUCUCUGUCAGCCAGGAUGAUGGUGCUGAUGACUGGGAGACAGAUCCUGACUUUGUGAAUGAUGUGAGUGAAAAAGAACAGCGUUGGGGUGCUAAAACAGUGCAAGGAUCUGGUCAUCAAGAACACAUCAACAUUCAUCAGUUGAGAGAGAAUGUAUUCCAAGAGCAUCAGUCCCUCAAGGAAAAAGAACUUCAGACAGGACCAAAAGCUUCCCAUGGCUAUGGUGGAAAGUUUGGUGUGGAACAAGACCGAAUGGACAAGUCAGCUGUUGGUCAUGAAUAUCAAUCUAAGCUUUCUAAGCACUGUUCCCAAGUGGACUCGGUUAAAGGCUUUGGUGGGAAGUUUGGUGUGCAAGUCGAUAGGGUUGACCAGUCUGCUGUAGGGUUUGAAUACCAGGGGAAAACUGAGAAACAUGCUUCUCAGAAAGACUACGCAAGUGGAUUUGGUGGCAAAUAUGGCGUACAGGCUGACAGAGUAGACAAGAGUGCAGUGGGAUUUGAUUACCAAGGGAAAACUGAGAAGCAUGAAUCACAGAAAGAUUAUUCCAAAGGUUUUGGUGGUAAAUAUGGUGUUGACAAGGACAAAGUGGACAAAAGUGCUGUUGGCUUUGAGUACCAAGGCAAAACUGAAAAACAUGAAUCACAGAAAGACUAUACAAGAGGUUUUGGUGGAAAGUUUGGGGUACAGACAGACAGACAGGACAAGUGUGCACUCGGCUGGGAUCAUCAGGAGAAAGUACAGCUGCAUGAAUCUCAGAAAGACUAUAAGAGUGGUUUCGGAGGGAAAUUCGGUGUUCAAACAGAGAGGCAGGACCCAUCUGCUGUGGGGUUUGACUACAAGGAGAAACUAGCGAAGCACGAGUCUCAACAAGACUAUUCUAAAGGAUUUGGUGGAAAGUAUGGUGUACAGAAAGAUCGAAUGGAUAAGAAUGCAUCAUCAUUUGAAGAUAUUGAGAAACUGUCAUCAACUUAUCAGAAGACCAAGCCAAUAGAAGCUGUGAAUUCUAAAACAAGCAACAUCAGAGCUAACUUUGAAAAUCUAGCUAAAGAAAAGGAACAGGAAGAUAGAAAGAAGGCAGAACUUGAAAGAGCUCAGAGAAUGGUCCAAGAGAAACAAGAACAAGAAGAAGCUAGGAAGAAACUAGAAGAACAAGCCAAAGCCAAGAAACAAACUCCUCCUCCGUCUCCCACUCCACAGCCAGUGGAAGAGAAACUGCCUUCAAGUCCAGUCUAUGAGGAUGCUGUUUCCUUUGAGUCCAGCCACAAGAACUCAGAUAUAAACUAUUCUGCAGUGCAUGAGUUGGAAAGCAAUGGCAAAGCUGAAGAGUCUGACUACCAAGAAGCAAUCAGUCAGCGGGAACCAGAGUAUGAAUCUGAGACAGUUUAUGAAGUGGCUGGGGCACAAAGCCAGUAUCCGGCAGAUGAAAAUACUUACGAGUAUGAAAAUGACCUUGGAAUCACAGCUAUAGCUCUCUAUGAUUAUCAAGCUGCUGGUGAUGAUGAGAUUUCCUUUGAUCCUGAUGACAUUAUCACAAACAUUGAAAUGAUUGAUGAUGGCUGGUGGAGAGGUGUAUGCAAAGGCAGAUACGGGCUGUUCCCAGCAAAUUACGUAGAGCUGAGGCAAUAGGAAACCCUGUCUACCAUUUAUGCCUUAAUGCUGUGAUCAUUCAUCUGAUUUUUACACUACAAAUCAUGUUGCAUUGUGGGGAAGGGGAAAGGAUAGAGGGGCAUAUACAUAUUCCUUUUAUAUUUAAAAUACUUCACUGAUGCUUUUACAAAUGUUUACGGCGCAGAAAUCGCUAAUAUAUUGUAACUUUUACGUUCCCCACCACAAUAUGUUAUCAUGGGUUUUUAAUGUGUUCUGAAAUGGGCCUUUUUCCUUCUUCUUUGCCAAAUCAGUGAUGGUCAUAAUCCCCUCCCCCAGGAGUUUCAGCUCUUCCUGACAGUAAUGCAUGUUUCAUUUGUAUCUGUAUAUGUACUGAAUUACAAAGUAAUUAUGUCCAACUGCUCAUGUACUGAACACUGUUAGCGUUCUAGACUUUGGCUGUGCAAAUUAGUCAUGUUUCCAUAUAAGGAACAGCGUCGGUAUAGAGAAGAUAGGAAGAAGACUUGAGAAUUGUAACAGAAGCAAUUAUUCAAAAGGAAAAUGUUUGUUUUUACGUCAAUAGAAGGAUCCAGUGCAAAGAUCUCUAUUUUCUUGAGUACUGAGAGCAGUAGGAAGCUUUCUUGUGAAGCUCCCCCUUCACUUCAGUGGAAAGCUUCUUACAGGUCAUGCUGCAAGAAUUUAGUCUUUGUUUUCCUUUACAGGAGACUUCCAGUAUCUUAACAUAGUUUCCAGUUUGUGUCACACUUUCUCCCUUGUGCCCAGAGCUACAUUUGAAGGUUUUUAUGUCACCCCUUUAGCAAAUCUCUUUUGGUGAUACCUGGGUAGGUGGAUGGUCUUUUCAAAGAGUCUUCUGCUUGCAUUUGGGCCUGUAGCGCUGCUUGCAGAUAACUGCUACAGAUGAUGUGUGUACACACUUCAUUGUAGCUGGAGAUACUGAUUUGUAUCUCUUGCACUGGGGGUGUGAAGGCCAGCUGUGCAUUCAGGAUGUUAGGCAGCUUUAUGUCAUUCAAGGAGUGUUAGUAUAUGAAUAGCUUGAAUCCUUGAAAGAAAUCUGUAUUUUUAAGCUAUGUAUGGAAAACUACCAUGUUUUGUAAGUUCAGCUGAAACUGCCAGUAAUUAACUAAACAGUAAUGGUGUGUCUGCCUUUUGCCAAACAUUUAGCUGGAAUUCUUGCCACUGUUUCAAUGAACUAAGUUAAACCUUGGUAAAGUUUACCUCUUUUUAAAACCACAUAAAGCAUCCCUACCAAAGACAGUACGUACAUACAUAUGCUCAGUGUUUUCUGGCCUUUUUUAUUUGAAAUGGGAAAUUCAGGGAGGAACUAACCAAGCAAAAAAACAAAAACAAAAAACAAGCCCACCACAAUAAGGCCCAACAGAAUAUAGAAAAUAUUUGUAUAAAAUGGCAGUGUACAGUGUAACUAGAAGUAAGGCUCCUGGGGAGUGGUGAGGGGUUGAUUGAUAGUUGGGGGUGGGAAUUGGUGGGUUGGGACAAUCUUUAAUAUGAAUGUCAUCUUUACCUUAUCUUUAUUUCUCCCAGAGGCUGCUUUCUGUCUCUGACUUUCAUAGCUACCAUUACAUUGAGUUUUGCUGGGUUUUAUAUGCAGUUUUAUCCAGUCUUGCAUAGGACAUCUCAUAGGAUAAAUGAUUCUCUUUUUUGUAAAUUAAGUAUUCAAAUAAACUUUUGGAACCAUUUGCACAGGA